AGUCAGGUCUGCGGGUUGAGAUUAUCUGUGCGGGGUUGACUGCGUGAAUGUGUCCGCCGGCGGUGGGAGUCUGACGGAGAGUGAGCACGGUGCCCGGAGCCUGACUUCUGAGAGUGACUGCAGACUGGGACUGACUUCAGUUAUUUGUGGAAACCAUGGAUCCGUUAUUGUAUUUAGCUGGCGUGGCUAUUAUGUUUUUACUGUGGAUUAAGGUCAAAGGUCUAGAUUACGUGAUCAUUCACCAGAGGUGGAUUUUCGUGUGUUUGUUCCUCUUGCCGCUAUCCGUCAUAUUUGAUGUGUAUUAUUACCUGCGGGCAUGGCUCAUUUUCAAGAUGUGCUCUGCGCCAAAGCUGCACGACCAGCGCGUCCGGGACAUCCAGCGACAGGUGCGUGAGUGGAAGAAGCAGGGGGGUAAGAACUACAUGUGCACGGGACGGCCCGGGUGGCUGACUGUGUCUCUCAGAGUGGGAAAAUACAAGAAAACCCACAAGAACAUCAUGAUCAAUAUGAUGGACAUUCUGGAGGUGGACACAAAGAAGCAGGUGGUGCGAGUUGAGCCGCUGGCCAACAUGGGUCAGGUGACUGCUCUCCUCAACUCCAUUGGCUGGACACUGCCAGUGUUGCCUGAGCUGGACGACCUCACUGUGGGCGGUUUGGUGAUGGGUACAGGCAUUGAGUCAUCCUCUCACAUUUAUGGGCUUUUCCAGCACAUCUGUGUUGCAUAUGAACUGGUUCUCGCUGAUGGCAGUUUGGUUCGCUGCACAGAGGAGGAAAACUCCGACCUGUUCCAUGCUGUGCCGUGGUCCUGUGGCACUCUUGGCUUCUUGGUGGCAGCAGAGAUCAAGAUUGUCCCGGCCAAGGCCUGGGUGAAGCUGCACUACGAGCCAGUCAGAGGACUGGAGAACAUCUGCAAGCGCUUCACCGAAGCGUCGCAGAACAAGGAGAACACAUUUGUUGAGGGGCUGCAGUACUCUCUGGACACGGCAGUCAUCAUGACGGGAACCAUGACCGACCAUGCAGAGCCAGAUAAGAUCAACAGAAUUGGCCUGCACUUUAAACCUUGGUUCUUUAAACAUGUGGAGAGCUACCUUGAAGGCGAUUGCACUGGAGUGGAAUACAUCCCUCUCAGGCAAUACUAUCACAGACACACACGCAGCAUCUUCUGGGAGCUUCAGGAUAUCAUUCCAUUUGGCAACAACCCUGUGUUCCGCUGGCUGUUUGGAUGGAUGGUCCCUCCUAAGAUCUCUCUGCUGAAGCUCACCCAGGGAGAGACCAUCAGGCGGCUUUACGAGCAGCACCACGUGGUCCAGGACAUGCUGAUCCCCAUGAAGCACCUACACACUGCCAUCACACGCUUCCACCAGGACAUAAAUGUUUACCCUCUAUGGCUGUGUCCGUUCAUGCUACUUCCGGGCAGAGGAAUGGUUCAUCCCAAAGGACAAGAGGAGGAGUUGUAUGUGGAUAUCGGAGCGUACGGGGAACCCAAAGUCAAACACUUUGAGGCCAAAGCCUCAACACGUCAGCUGGAGAAGUUUGUUAGGGAAGUGCAUGGGUUCCAGAUGCUGUAUGCAGAUGUUUACAUGGACCGAGAAGAGUUUUGGGAGAUGUUUGAUGGACAGCUGUAUCACAGGCUGAGGGAGGAACUGGGCUGUAAGGAGGCGUUCCCUGAGGUUUACGACAAAAUCUGCAAAUCUGCUCGACACUGACCCCAUCUGCUGGCUGACACCUACAUCUUCAACCUGAGCUCAGACCUGUUUCCAAGACAAGACUGAGGCCCCGUGUGCCUUUGUAGCCAUUCACAUGUGGGGCUACAGACCAGUUAACUGUGUUUUAGACAGUUUACACAUAACUAGAUGCCAGCAUAUUCUAAGGUGAAGUGAAGCACUGCACAUACAAGUAUCAGCUAAAAUAUUUUUGUAAUGUUUUCGGGACUCACACUGUGUAUAUUCAGACUACCACGUCCUAUCAGGGCAAAGCAGGCUGCGUGACUCACACACAUCGUUCAGCUCAAAAACACCAGCUUUAUUGCAACAGCCUUACAAUGUUCUCAUCAUUUCCAGUGGAAUCAGUGAAGUAUUUUAGUUCCUUAAGCUUAAAUGUCACAUAUCCUUUUUUUUUUCUUCCCCCAAACAUAACUAUCUUCUAGUAAUAUCAUUAAUGUUAUGAUAGUUUCCUUUGGUUCUGUUCAUCUUGUACUUCAUAGAGUCUACAAGGCACCAAUUGCACAGUUUAUAAUAUUUUUUCCUGUCUUUCUUAAAUGUGUAAGGUGGAGGAUCUUUCCAUGUUUAGCCAUCUCAUCUUGUGUUUACCAUUGCAGGCAUUUUGCAUACUUUUCUAUGUACCCUUCGUUCAUUUGUAAGUCAGUGCCUAAGUGCCAUAUGCCUCUGAAAAAAAAUUCCUAAUAAAGCAUGUAUGCAAAUUUUUCAGAAUAUAAAUGUCAUAAUACCAAUGUGAAAUUCAAAAUCUGUAAGAAAAAAAAUGUAAGUUACUGUACGCUAUACGUGAUAUCCAAGAGGAAAAACAAUCUCUGUCAGGAGUAUGGAUUUGUUUUGUAUUAAUUAAAGAAAAACUAUUCUGAACUAUUAAUUAUCUCCUGGUUCAAUUCAUUGUAGAUUUUGUGUUGAAAACCUUAAUUAAAAAUGUGUUCACUUGUCAUA